AUGUUCCACGCAACUGGUAUUGUGACCUGGGCAGCUGCAAUUUUUCAUCGCACGCAUUUUGUUCUUGGACCCGACGCACCAUUGACCCCGGGGUCGUUGAAAGCGAUUGUCUCUGAGACGGGUGCAAAGUCGGGUCUCUUUUUGCCAGACACUUUGACGUGCUUGAGUGCUUCUGAAGAGGGUUUAGCGGCACUGGCCAGCUUAGAGUGCGUAAGCUUCGUCGGCAUGCCUUUACCACCGAGUGCGGGUGAUAAGAUCGCCCGCGCGACACGCUUGCAAUCCUCCAUCGGCCUCACGGAGGCAGGCUAUUUUUGUAGCCUACAACCGAAAGACCCUAUGCACUGGGAAUAUUUCGAAUGGAAUUGCCACCAUCCUAUGGAAAUGCGGGAUCACCCGAGUGGGUGUUCUGAGUUGGUCAUCACACGCCCGCCUGACUAUUAUACGCAUACUGUCUUCCUCGUUCUCCCCGAUCGAGAAGAGUUUUGUACAGGCGACCUUUUUGUCCAGCACCCGGAUCAUAAGGAGCUUUGGAAGCAUGUUGGCCGCAAGGAUGAUGUUUCCAAAUUACAGAACCGAGUGUUUCUCCAUCCAGGUCCCAUUGAGAGAGCCCUCGAAGGGCAUGAAUUGGUCUCCAAGGCGAUGGUAGCCACCAAUCAUGCCCUUCGUGUAAUGCUGAUUAUAGAUCCAGACCGGAGAAUCGCAAGGCGCUCGAUGCCACCCGAAGAGGUUGUCGAUCGGCUCUGGCCUUUGGUGGAACAAGUCAAUUGUCGCCUCCCCGUGGAGGCUCAGAUAACACGAAACCGUAUCUUGGUUGCGCCCAUCAACAAGCCCUUCAAAACAACAGCAAAGGGAACAAUACAACGUCGCCAUAUACUUGAAGAUUUUAAAUUGGAAAUUGAAUCUUGUUCUGCACUCUAA